CGAUCUCCCCUUCUCUCUGCUUUUCCAGACUUUCGACGAUAUUCCAUUUCCCAUUCCAGGUUGCCUUUCACUUUCCUUUCCUCCUGUCGUUCUCAACAAAUGUCUGCUGCCAGUUACCAGCGUGUCCCCACUUCUGACAACUACGACCAGCUCGAGUCGUCCCCCUCCCGUCCACCCACAUACCGCACAGACCCUCGCUUCGACCGUCCCACCCCACCCAUGUGGAAGAGAGUCGCCCUCCUCCUCUUCGUCCUCUUUCUCUUCUGGCUCUCCUGGUCAAUCAAGCCCAGCAGCAACACACAGCCAAAGGUCGUACACGCUUCUAGAUACUCCAAGGAGCACAAGUAUCGUCCUGCAGCGAGCCCUAUAAUCACUGAACGCUUGAAGGACGGGCGUGUUCGCCUCAGAGGAGCGCAUCCAUCACUUUAGGUCACUCGGGUUAAAGUUGUUUGACGGGACUUUGCCUUUUUGCAAUCGUAUCGGGUUUUUGUUCAGUCUCGGACGGUUUUCUGAUCUAGCAUGACUGUGUCGGUCACUUGUCAUCGUAUAUCUUUUAUAGUCAAUCAUUUUUUCGUAAUCUUCCUCGUCCCCGUUUAUUUACUAUCGCGGUCAAAAGCAAAACACAAUCUAUUUG